CACAGUGCAUGCGAAUACACACAUACGUGUACAUGUACAUGUACUGUACAUUACUAUGCCCUCCCUGUGUGCUGGGGUACUGAGGCAGUAUUUUACUCGGUUUUGGAGCUAGCUGUAUCAUUCAUUUGCAAGCUUCGUUGAGGGAAUUCAUGCUGGUCAGCACUUUGUGUUCAUUUAAGGGAGCUUGACACAACCAAAACUGACACCCAUGUCGUACAACCUUCACGUUUAAUUACAGCAGAGAGUGUGUUAAAAGCCCGCGGUUGGAGCAACUCGAAACACUCCGGAGAGAGAGCAGAGUAGUGGCCGGACGCAGGGUGCUGUUUGCUCCGGUAGUGAACCCGUCUGUAACCGCCCACUUGCCAACGCAAGGAUAAAAACCCAAACUGUGGACUGACUUGUCUCUCUGCUGCCAGUGCCUGGUUUUCAAAUCUCCCAGUAUCGCGUAGCGAACCCCUGGGCUAAAAAGAGCUUAACGGAUUUGGACAUCACUUUGGUGCAUCAGGGAGAUGUAAUGGGCUGCAGACGGGAAUAAUAAAAAGCACGACCAUUUUUAAGGACAGCAUUCCAAACCACACUGUCAGGAGAUGUCUGUUAAUAAGAGUGCAAUAGACGACUGUGUUUCUAGCUAGCGUGUGGAGAUCAUGGUGACUGUCGUAGUACAUGACCUUCGGCUGUACGAGGUGUCUUCAGCGAAGAGGAGAGCCGUCAAGCUGUGCUUUCCAGCCGGUCAAUUGUCGUCACCAAUUCAUGGCCAUACUUUAACAAAGAUGUAGGUUGACAGGACAUGAUAACAACACACAGUCACCUUAAUAUUGUGGAUGCUGCCGACAAAAGGGCGUUUCUUAGGUGUGUAUACUUGUAUGAUUUGAUUAAUCUGUCCCUUGCUCUAUGAUUCACCAAACAUGGGAACCGGUUCGUCUCAAUCAUCAAAUACCUGCUUUCCAUUCCUUGGUUCCCUUCAUGUGGUUCUCCUCGGAUUGGAUUUCUCAGGAAAGACUACGAUUCUAUAUCGAUUAAAACUUGACGAGUUUAUCAAUGCUGUUACUACUAUAGGAUUCAACGCGGAGAAAAUACGGGUGAAAACCGGAGCAUCGAAAGGGGUGCGAUUCCGCUUUUGGGAUGCGGGAGGGAGUGAAAAGCUCCGCCCACUUUGGAAAUCCUACAUGAGGGCGACAGAUGCCAUCGUGUUUGUCGUGGAUAGUUCCGACGCAGAACGAUUUGAGGAGGCCAAGAGCGAACUUAUAAAACUGGCAAGGUCUCCGAAGAAUAGUGGCGUGCCUAUUUUAGUCAUUGCGAAUAAACAGGACCUGAGAGAGGCAGCAAGUUCAGAGGAGAUGGAGCAAUUGCUGAGCCUAAAGGACUUACGAGGCCACAACCCGUAUCAGAUCAUACCGGCUUGUGGAAUUACCGGAGAAGGACUUGGGAACACUUUUGAUAUACUAUGCGAGAUGAUCAACAAGAGACGAAUUCUUGCAAAACAGCGUCAGAAAAGAGGGAGGUAACGGCGGGUUUAGGGACCUACAUAAUAAAAAAAGGACAGUUGUGUUCCUGUUAUUCAGAGGAGCAAAUGAUUAUGUGUGUGUUUUGUACACAAUAAUUAGGGUACCCUUUUUCAGAUAGAAAUAAUUAUGUAUUCGAUUGCCUUUGAAGAGUGUGAGUUUUGUGAAAACCAUUUGUGCCAUUGUUAUGGUUACAGCCAAUCAGUCCUAUAUCAAGUUUUCAAGUUUUUAUAAACAUUUAUUAUAAAAGAUAUUAAAUUUGCAUUUGGGAUUUUAUUUGGUUUUACCCAUACACUGCUGAUGUGUAUAGCUCACUCUGUAUUGAAUACGUGCUAUAGGGUCAAAAUGCAAGACCACUAACUAUGGUUAAUGUCAUUGUCAUUCGUUUAGUUGAGAAGCAGUUUGCUACAGCAACUCAUUUGCAGGACUCUGUGAAAAUUACUGUGUAUGCUGUUAUUUACACUCUCAUUGGUGUAUGGGCAAAGCCAAACGGUUAUUCUUUUCUUAAAAGGGAAUGCAAUAGAUUAUACAUUUUGUGCAUUUUGGAGCUGAAGACACUAGACAGACAGGGUUAUAAUAAGGUUAAACAAGUUUUUUCUUUGAAAAUGAAUUCUGCAAUAUACAACCCCAAAAAAGGGUAAUAUUUCAACAACAAAUUUUUAAUAUGGAUUGCUAGAAAAUCCAUCAACCAAAUGGGUCAUGGACAUGUGCUGGAACAAAGGUUACACAAAGGGAAUUUUGGAACAAAACGUAAAUAGAAUUCAAGUAGACACUUAAAAACUUCCUUUCCAUCAUAACAAGCUCUUGAGAUUUUGCUUAACUGUCAAGUCGAACACAAUCUCACCCAACAGCACAAUUUCUCUCUUUCACUUUGUGUAGUUGAGUGAAUAAAACACCGUUGUGAAAACCUUCAAUGUUUUUCAGUCCAAAGUUCCGGGUAACGGCUUUUGUUAUAAAUCCCCAGCGCCCAGCUGGAUCCCUUUUGUAUAGGAUCAUCUGGUCCUUGCUUUAUGCUCAUAAAAGACCCAUUAUUUUGGUGUGCUUUGUUAUUAAGAUGGGGGGCCCUGAGAGGGUGGAUUAUCCUUGAGUGUAAAGUGUUGGGUCCAGUUUUGUUGGAAGAGGCUUUCAGAUUAAGGGAUUUUCAAAACUGAAUAAGAAGGAGCUCAGACUCUCCUUAUAUAUAGCCCUUAACUAGAAAACCGUUUACUCAUGAAUAUUCUGUUUGAAAAGUCUGAUGCUGUUGUUUGAGGAAACUCCUUGCACCCUGUAUAACCCUAACCCCAGGGCUCGAUAUUGAGGAAAAAAUCCACCAGACCUGAUACUUUGUUGCACAGAGGUAUUGAUAUUCAAAAACAAAAGAACGCCAUAGUUUUAUAGUCACUAGUUUACUGGCCCUGUGAUAAAAACACUGGCCCCUGUGCCUGUAGUCCAAUGUUAGUUUCAAGCCCAAACCUUGUACCCCCCCCCCCCC